CACGCUGCUCCAUACAGGGGUCCCCUCUCCCCCCACACGGUACAACCUCUGCCCACCCCUACACACCCCAGCAGCAGCCCGCUACUCGCUACCCUCCGCCUUGGUACCACAUACCGAGCAGCGACCGAGCGCCAGGAUUACGAGGGCGUCCACAUCACCCCUCGGCCACAUCGCACAUCGCCCCCCGCCCUCUGCCAUCGAGUGCUCGCCUGAAAAUCCGUCUGGUAUCAGCAGCCCACGGAAGCUGGCCACUUGCAACUCGCGUGGCACACCAAAGGACCCUCCAUACGACCCAGUCUCAUACUGCAGGCUCUAUAUCAUCGUCAGCAACAUCGCCCUUCCUCCCUCCCUCGCCCCGUGACAAAGGAUCACAGCCCACCAUCCCAUCUCUUCUCCCCAGAAGAGCACCCAGUAACUCGCUUCCCCUACUCCGCCCCUCCAACGAUGAAUAAGGAAUAAACCCAGCAAGACCUCCCCGGUCUCUGGCUUCCUAUUCCAUCCCCGACAACACUGUAUCUAGCCCGAGCUGAAGCAUAGGAGUGCGAGCCGGAAUGUCGAAUAUCAUUGAAAACGUGGUGGGGGGCGUCAGGGAACUGGUCACUCUCGCCGAGGGCUACCUCAGCCCUCCUGAUGCGGAAGAGAGUGCUUCGGAGGGCAGUGUCCCCUCUCGGAGGCCUUCUCCCGCCCAACCCCUGUCUAUCCCAACAGCCUCUACCGUCUCCUCCGCCGCUACAACAGCAUCGACCACAACCCAGCUAUCCACUUCCAAAUUCUCCCUCCCCCGACAUGCUUCCCUCAUCCAGACUUUCGACGUCCCUUCCGGGUGGAUACAUCUGCCAGCAACAUAUCUCUUUGGCGACGGUGGAGGAGAUGUGGGGCAGCGGCAGGUCAGGUCGUUUGGGCUGAGGAAUGUCGGGGGCGAAGGCAGGGAUGUAGAGGUUGAGGUGGAGAGUGAUCUCAAGGGGCAGCUGGUGUUUUGGGUGGGGGAGGACGAAAAGAGCAUCCCGUCUUCAUCGUCGUCGACUUCGUCGCUAUCAACAACGACCGGCUCCCCUUCCCUUAUCCUCCACAUGCCUCCCUCUUCAACCACCAUGAUCCAAUUCGCAUUCCAACCACUCCUAUCCAUUCGCUCUCCUGUUGCUUCUUCCCCAUCCUUCUCGGACUGCGACGGCGGUUUCACUCCCCGUGUCAAACCCGUUCUCGACCUGACCGAAAGCGGCGACUCUGGCCGACUCUCGCCUGUCGGCUUGGACGAUGCUGCGAGCGGUAACGGCAGCGACGGAGUCAGCGUCAGCGCAGGGAGCAGCCAGAGCAUCGCCGGGAGUCUCAACAGCCAGAUCAUGCCCGAAUCUACCAAGCGGGGCGAACCAAUCCACCGAGCAUUCUCGGUGCACGGCUCCAUCUCUAUCCGUGCCGUCUCUGCCCUCCCUCCCCCUGCACCCCCGUCCGAGCUCUCACAUCAGAUGAUAGCGCUCCCAUUCUACGCGACUGUAUGCCGGUCAUUCUUCACAGCCGGCGCCAUCUCGCCCACUUCCGGGCUCGUAUCCGGCCCCCAACAGUCCUCUGGCGAGCUCGUCUUGGAUUUUGGUGGGGAGAAUGUCGUGGGCAAACGGUACCACCGUGAUGUCUUGCUCGUGAACCGGUCAGAGAUUGAACUUGUCUGGGGGACUAUGGUGGUGAACGCACCGGACAAGGAGAAGGUCUGGUUUGAGCUGCGUGAUCUAGAUUCGGAGAAUGUCUUUGGGGUCGACCACUCUGCCGGACCCGUCCCUCUCCCUGCCUUGUCCUCUCGGCACUUGAGAUUGUCUUUACAAUCCAAGUCGCCGGUACAAGACUUUUCAUUCUCCUUCCUCCUCACCAACCCUCAUCAACCUGGCAACACCCUCACCUGCCUCGCCCAAGGUUCCAUCCUCCCCUCGCCGCCAGACGAGUCUCUGCAGAUCCUUACGGGUCCUACUCUGGAUUUCGGAAAAGCGACAGACAAGGUGUGGUCGAGGCAGGUUAUUGCUGUGCGUAAUACGGGUGAUCGGGCGGUGGAUGUGAGGUUUGGGAAAGAGGAGGGGUAUGAAGUCGUCUUUCGGCUGGCAGGGGUGGCUGGGGAAGACGUUGAGGAAGAGGGUCUGGUACCGAUCGACUCGAGCGGAGCCGAUGGUUCGGGCCUGGGAAGAGUUUCAAAGCCAGUAUUGGGCAGAGGGACGAGCCGAGACAAGUACAGCUCUACCCGGGCUUCGUCGCGCGACCAUCCCUCGAACGCUUCAGGCGCCACCAUCUCCGAAGCAGCAUACUCGAGCUCGCUCCAGCCGACGACAGAAGAAGAUCCCGAGUCGCUCGCUUCUGGUUCUGUAUCAGGACACGUGCAGGGACAGAGUGAGACGGACGUUAUCGAACGUUGGCGUACCCCGCACCAGCCGCCUAGGCCUGUACAGCGAUCGCAGCCGAGCUCGCGCUCUUUGUCGAGGGUUACGUCGAGGGGAUCGAGUAGCCAGCAGGCGGUAGGGUAUGAUGGGUUCGGGCACGAGUCGGAAGGGGAGGAGAUUGAGCCGCCGUUCUUUGGGGGUUCGGAUUUGCCUUUUGUGGUGGGAGGUCCUGUGGAAGAUGUUGAUGGGAACUUGGUGGAGAGGGAGUAUACACCCACCGUACCAAAGCCAACACCCGCGCCGACUACUGAAGAAGAGAUCAUCCCGAACCAGAUCGAAGAAGUGACCAUGCGACCCGGGACAGAAUACCGGAUAGCAGUCCUCCACCGACCGCGGCCUCCCUCUGCUGCGUCGUUUAGCUCUGAUGGCGAGAAAUGGGAGGAAGAUGCUGGAAGAUUGCGCAAGUCGAGCUUUAAAGUGUUUUUGGACGCUGUGCCGAGUUCGGUCAGGUCGAGCCACGCUCAUCAUGGGUCGAAUCCGCCCGGGAAAACUCGACGGACGAUCUCUUGCUCCAUCAUGUCUUGCACCUCUCUCAUCCGUCUUUCGUCGGGCAACGUCAUUGACUUUGGUCAAGUCACUGUAGGUGCCUCCAAGACGACGACGAUCAAGAUUGAGAAUCUGAGUGAGCUGGAGGCGAGGGUGGAGAUUGCGGCGAUGAGCAAAGUGUUGAGUGCUGAGAAGGGGCUGAUCACGAUUCCUGCGAAAGGGACAGUGGAGGAAAAGAUGGAGUUUUUCCCGAGGAGGAUCAAUGAAAAGUAUGAGAAGCAGAUCUUUGUGCGGAACCGUCUCAAUCGAGCCAAUGACCAGUUGGUAGAGAUAAAGUCUCGCAAUGUGGACGUCUACAACCUCACCCUUCACUCUCAUCUCUACCGCAUCCUCACGCCAUCCGGCUCUAAUUUUCUCGACUUUUCCUCGGUCGUCAUCAACUAUCCCACCGUGCGCACUAUCCACAUCGAAAAUCUCUCCCAAGCCCCUCUUGUCCUCGAUCUGUCGGCUUCGCAGCCGGAAGACAUUGGGCUGUUUGUGAGGGCGGAAGAUAGUAUUGCCAAGGUCCGUCCGGGAUUGAUGGGGCGGUAUGCUGUGGAAGCGCAGGAUUACGAGCAAACGUCUGCGGACGGGAGCGGUAAUGGCGGGAAUGGCGGGGGCAAGGGGAAGGAGGGGAAGGGUGGAGAGUUGAAAGAGCGCUUCAUGGAAGAGCUCAAUGAGAAGAGUGUCAAUGGGAAAGCUGCCGAGGCUAAGGGCAAGGGCAAGAAAGGCAGGGAGAAGAGUGAGACGAGAGGGCCGAAGAAGGAGGAGGGAGAGAGGCCUGUUGGGGUCAGUGUUGGGGCGGCGUUGAAGAAGGGGAGCCGAGGAAAGCCUGUACAGCUGUAUGGCAAUUCGGUAGUCUUCAAAGACCGCUCUCUUCUCCAACCGCACGAGUAUCUCGACCUUGCCUCUGGUCCUCCUAUUGCCUCGCACCGCUUCUCCCCGCGAUCCAAGCGCGCCCAGUUGCUGGAAUCUAUUGAAUGGGAAGACAAGUCCAAGCUUUCAGGCCAACACCCCAAAGUACCAAAGCUGGACUUUGCGGCGGGGGCGAAAGCGACGGGAUCGGUGGGCAAGGAAGGGAAGAAGAAGAAAGCCAAUGGUACGGCGAGUAGUGGGAAUGGGAAGGAGCACCAGCACCAAGUUGCCAAGACUGCACCUACUACUGGCGAACACACCCCGACCACUCCCACAAAGAAACCCCAUCUCGGCUCCCUCGCUCUUCUCAACAAACUCCUUCCCCAAACAUCACCCUCUCUCAAAUCUCCAGCCCUGACUGCUAAGCGUGUCGAUUCUCUUCUCGAGCUUCCACCGGCCGAUACGGCAGACGUGGGCAAGAUGUCGAUCGACCAGCUGCUCGCAGCCGUCGAAGCGCACGAUGCGAAAAAGACGUCCAUGACGCAUACCACCCUGGAAGAGGAAGAGGCGUUUGUGAAACGGACCAUCUCGCUGCGAAAAGAACUCCAAGGGCUCGUCGGGUCAGGCAAGCUUGUGCCCGCUCGAACACUGAGUGUGGGUCCCGGGCAGAGCAGGGCGGUGGUGGUGAUCAUGACGCCCAACCCUUCUAUCCGCCCGCACAUCUCUACGCGCGCCAAGAGGGCCGACUCGAGGAUCUUUAUCAAGCUCGUCGAGUUUGACAAGUCAUUGUUGAACGCUGCCCGGAUCAACGCUGCUGGCAGCCGACCGGGGACGCCCGGGGGUGAUCUGGGUAUGCCGGAAGGCGCAGAGCUGCCUAUACGAGAUCUGAUCAUUCGGAGCUCGUGUGUGAGGAGUGUCUUGGAAGUGCAGCAGAGUUCUAUCAACUUUGGUGCGUGUGACAAGGGUGAAGUGAAGAGCAAGACGAUUGUCAUCCAUAACAAGAGCGACACCAUUGGUCUCUUCCGUCUCCGCACAUCCGGCUCCAUCGCCUCUGGCGACCUCAAACUCGGUCUCGGCCGGUACGGCGUCAUCUCUGCCUUUGGCCGCAAGCAAUUCGACAACUUUUCCUUCACCCCGUCUCUCGUUGGUAACUACCAAGAGACGAUCACGGUGGAGAAUGUGUUGGAUAGCUGGAACGACCAAGCACUGGCUGUCAAGGGGAUUGUGAGAAAAGUGCCGGCGUUUAGGGUGGAACCCGUCAGUUUGGACUUUGGUGUUGCCGAAAAGGAGAAGGAUCAGGACAAGGUCAAUAAGGAUAAGAAGGGAAAGGAAGGGAAGGAGAAGAAGAAGAAGAAGCUCGAGACGCAGAGUUUCGUCAUCACCAACAUUUCAAAACACGAGCGCACCUUUCUGGUGUCUGUCCAACAACUCGACCCGUCCUCCUUUGCGCGUAUCCACCUGACGCGCGAUGAGCACGAUGCCGGUACAGCGCUGAGCAAGUCGGAGGAAGAAGAGCUGGAAGCGAUGAUGCAGAAGCUCAAGAUUGCGCGCCGGAAGGGUAAAGCGGAAAAGAUUGUCAAGUACGAGACGAGGCUUUUGGAGCUUGGUGUACCCAAGGACCAGCUUGGUGCGGGUAUGGACGGUGAGGGGGAAGAGAAGGAAGUGAAUGGGGCCAAGUCGCCGGCGAAGAAGCUUGCCGAGCUGGCUACAAGCGUCCUCGUACCCGCCAAAGAGGAGAAAAUCAACAUCCCCUCCGAGUGCAUCACCUCGCUCAACCUCAACCUCUUGCCCAACCAAAAGACGAAGAUCCUCGUCGACCUCAUCCCGCGUACUGCGCUGCCUCCUGCUGAAGGCGGCGGGGAAGAGGGCGAGGCGCUGGCGGAUGUGCAAGCGUGCAUCACGGUGCAUGAUCGGAAGAAUACGGAUGAGACGGUCAGUGUGAGCGUCAUGGCUGCGCGUACAGGAAAACCCCUCGGCAGCCGGUCGAUAGAAGCCUCAGGCAGCGCCGGCAACCAAGACGCGCCUUCCCCUGAAACGUCGUCCCAAACCUCCUCCGACCCGGUGCAUCUAGCGUUAAUCCGGCAUUGCCUGAAAUUGACGUUGAACUGUGAAGUGUCGCCGACGGCAUUCUGUGUAGGAUCGACGCUGUUUUUACCGGCGGCGUCGCAGUACUAUGGGGCGCUGAAACCGUAUUUCGAGGCGUUCCCGCAGUCGGUGCUGGGAGAGGCCAAGGGCCUGAUCUUGGCGGACGGGUGGUCGAGGCAGAUCCCGGGGAACACGCAUGCCGAGGCGAAUGCGCUGACAAACUUGCAAGCGCGCUUUGCCGAGAUUUCCGGGGAAGAAGGGGAAGAGGAUGACAAGUCUGUUGUGACCCUGUCGACCUUGUCUUCAGAGACUGCGAGUGAUGGGGAAGAGGAGAAGAAGGAGGAGGAGGAAGGGAAGGGGGAGAAGAUGCCGAAGGUGGAAGAGGUGUUGAAGGAUGCAGAGUGCGUGGCGACGAUGGAACCUUGUUCAUAUCGAACGUCGGGGGGCCCGAGCUGUGCGCUAGAACUUGUCAAAGCGGGUGUUAGGGCUGUCUACCUUGGCGUGGAAGAACCACCAGACUUUGUAGAGUGCGAAGGCGCACGGAUCUUGCAAUCUGGCGGCGUCCAGGUCGUGCGUGUUGUGGGCCUGGAAGAAGAAUGUCUGAAAGCAGCCCGGAGAGGACGGAGCUAGGCUUGAAAUUCAUAGAUGUCCCCUUUUCUUAUUUGACGUGUUACGGAUUGACGACUUUUCUCAUUUUUCUUCAACUUGUUGUGUUACUCUCUAGCAUCUAUCCCAAUCUCUCUCCACAUUCUUAUUUCAUUGAGUCGUACUCUAUAUUAUGUUCAUCAACUCUCUAUUCAAUCUUCCAUCAAUUACAUCGCCACUACGUUUGACGCCUUUUCCGGUUAUACAGGAAUACUCUCAUGAUCGUCUUUGUCAGCAGACAUGCAAACAUUUGCAGGCAACUGAACAGGAUCCACCACUUGAUUGAUCCCGUCUGUUUCAUGUUGCACGUGUCACACUCCCCCUUUGCACGAGGGGAACGAA